AUGACUGACAAGGGACAAUUCGAGAGUGGCCACAAGAUUCCGGUCACUCAUCAGAGCUUCCCCGGCAAGGAGACCGAGAUGCCCAACCCGCAGCCUCUGUGGGAUGAGAUUCCUACCGCUGACGGCAAGAGCCAGAAGUACCGCGCUGCUGGCAAGCUGAAGGGCAAGAAGGCUCUCAUCACCGGAGGCGACUCUGGCAUUGGCCGUGCAAGCGCCAUCCUCUUUGCUAUGGAGGGAGCCGACUCGCUCAUCGCUUAUCUUCCCGAAGAGGAGGAGGAUGCGCAGGAGACCAAGAGGAGAGUAGAGGCGUACGGUCAGAAGUGCUACUUGGUCUCUACGGAUCUUCGCGACAGAGAGAACUGCAAGAAGUUGGUUGAUGAGGCUGUCAAGGCAUUCGGCGGCCAAAUCGACAUCCUCUUCAACAACGCCGCCUACCAGAUGGUAGUCGAUGACAUCAAGGACCUUUCGGAAGACCAGUGGAUCAACACCUUCAAUACCAACAUUCACCCCUACUUCUACCUGGCCAAGUACUCUCUGCCACACAUGAAGCGCGGCAGCACUAUUAUCAACAACGCCAGCAUCAAUGCCUACGUCGGCCGUCCCGACCUUCUCGAUUACACUUCCACCAAGGGCGCAAUCGUGGCCUUCACUCGCGGCCUGAGCAAUCAGCAGGCUGGAAAAGGCAUCCGCGUCAACGCUGUUGCCCCUGGACCCGUUUGGACUCCUCUCAUCCCAUCGACCAUGAAGGGGGAGAACCAGGAGCAGUUCGGAUCCACCCCCUUGGGUCGUCCUGCUCAGCCAAGUGAGGUUGCCACUGCGGUAGUCUUCCUGGCCAGUGAAGACAGCAGUGCCUUCAGUGGACAAACACUGCAUCCCAACAUGGGAACCGUCGUCAGCGGCUAA